ACUCAGUGAACAACCAUGUUCAAGUUAAUAUCUGUUUUAAUUCUGGCGGUGUUGGUCACUGACUGCAUCGGGCAGAGACCUCAUCUCAUCUUCCCAACGUACAGACCCCCGCCUCAACCACGCCAACCAGUCAUUCGGACCGCUCGUGACGCACCUUCCCAAGAACCGCUGUGGUUGUACCAAGGUGACAUCCCUAGAGCACCUUCAAGCGCUGACAAUGGUGUUCUACCUCAAAUCAUCGAUGACGUCAGGUUCAAUCCAGACAGAAGAUACGCUCGUAGUGUUGGCCCUUCAAGCGGAAGUGAACAUCGUCUGAAAAGGUCACCGUUUUUUCCCCGUGACCCACCAGGUUUCCCCAGACCUAGGCCGAGCCCAUACGACCCGUUCCCUAGACCCGUUCCUACGAGGAUGCCUUUUCCCAUAUACGCGAAUGCCAAGCAUUUUAUUCACUACACCAUAGUAGACACUAGCACAAUGUUGAAAAUCACGUUGUUACUAUUCGUUGGGGCUGUUUUGGUCCCACAAUUUUCAUGUGGGUUAAGUAAAUUGAAACAUAAGCGGGAUGUUUCAUUCCCUGGAAUUUCAAAACCGACCCACCGUGAUAUUAUAAUUCCCAACUGGAAUCCCCACGCAAGAACUAAGCCCUGGCAAGCAAUUGGAGUCAAGACACGAAAUAAGAGAAGCGUUGAGACACUAGCUAGCCAGGAAAAUGAAUUCCGUAGUCCAAGAAGUGUGGAGACAUUAACCAGCCAAGAAACAGUGUUCCGUAGCCCAAGAAGUGUGGAGACAUUAGAUAGCCAGGAAACUGUAUUCCGCAGCCCAAGAAGUGUGGAGACAUUAACCAGCCAAGAAACAGUGUUCCGUAGCCCAAGAAGUGUGGAGACAUUAGAUAGCCAGGAAACUGUAUUCCGCAGCCCAAGAAGUGUGGAGACAUUAACCAGCCAAGAAACAGUGUUCCGUAGCCCAAGAAGUGUGGAGACAUUAGCUAGCCAGGAAACUGUAUUCCGUAGCCCCAGAAGUGUGGAGACACUAGCUAGCCAGGAAACUGUAUUCCGUAGUCCAAGAAGUGUGGAGACAUUAGAUAGCCAGGAAACUGUAUUCCGUAGUCCAAGAAGCGUGGAGACACUAGCUAGUCAGGAAACUGUGUUCCGUAGCCCAAGAAGUGUGGAGACACUAGCUAGCCAGGAAACUGUAUUCCGUAGCCCAAGAAGUGUGGAGACACUAGCUAGCCAGGAAACUGUAUUCCGUAGCCCAAGAAGUGUGGAGACACUAGCUAGCCAGGAAACUGUAUUCCGUAGUCCAAGAAGCGUGGAGACUAGCUAGCCAGGAAAGUAGCUAAGAUAGUAGAUAACAUAUAUAAAAUCAUCUGUAUAAUAUCGAGGAAAGUGCAGUGUCAUAACAUAAUCAUUAAAAAAUCAAGAAGACAUUGUAUAAAUAGCAUUUGUAGAAAAAUAUUUGUAAUUAAAUUAUAUUUAUUAAAUGGGUAUAUAGG